ACGCGGGUGGGCGGAGCAUUCGGCGGGCGGGCCGUUCCCCGGUCCGGGGCCUCAGUCAGAGAAUGGCCGCGGCGACCUGCGGCUCUCCCGGAGUUCCGGGUCCCGGGGAGCUGAGCCAGCGGAGGAAGAAGGGGACUGACUCCCGGAGGAGGCAGGCGGCGCUCUUCUUCCUCAAUAAUAUCUCCCUGGACGGGAGGCCGAUGUGUCCGCCUCAGAUAUGGGAGAAUCCCGAGCCGUCCCCCCGGAUAGCGCCCACCAACGGGCCCCGCACCGUCCUACCGGAGACCCCCGCCCUCUCCACCGCCAGGAUAGUCCCCUCCCUCAGCCUGACCGCCAGCGGGGCCGGGGGGGAGAGGAGCAGGCGACGUCAUCCGUCUCAGCGCUGCUCCCUAGAGGGCCUAGAUGAUAUGGCAGAAUUUACACCGGUGUCAAGGCCCAAACAUAUUCCAGAAUCUCCACGAAACUUGAGGAAAAUACAUUUCAUUAAAAGCAUGCGGCAGUACGACACCCGGAGCAGCAGGAUAGUUAUGAUGUGUGCAAAGCGAUCCUUUUGUGCUGCCUUCUCUAUUCUUCCAUAUGGAGAGAGCCUGCGGGUCAGUGAGCUACGAGUGGAGGGGACAAAGCAGCGGCACCCGUCCGGGGGAGCCUCGUCUUAUACAGACCCCACAUUUGGGAUGGAAGGUGUGGAGCUCGUGGCUGAGGGAGAGGUUGUGUCGUAUGCAAAGUACUUAUACCCAACAAAUGCCCUUGUUAGCCAAAAAGAUGAGAGUCAGGGCAAGCCGGGACUCCAAGAGGCUUCCAAACGAAACGUCUCCAACAACCGCUUCAUACCCGUAUCCUCAGGAGCCGAUUUAGUCCCCAAUCAACCUCCUGAUAGUACAGAGCCUUGGAGGCAUUCUGCACAGGCUCAGUUUGGUUCAGAAGCAGACAGCUUUGAAUAUAAUCCUGACCUGUUGGAUGAUCCUCAGUGGCCCUGCGGAAAACACAAGCGGGUUCUCAUCUUUGCUUCUUAUAUGACAACGGUCAUAGAAUAUGUGAAGCCCUCUGAUUUGAAGAAAGACAUGAAUGAGAUGUUCAAGGAGAAGUUCCCCAAUGUGAAGCUUACUCUGAGCAAGAUCAGGAGCUUAAAGCGUGAAAUGAGGAAUGUGGCACAGGAGUCUAGCAUGGAGCCGGUGACAGUCGCCAUGUCUUAUGUCUACUUUGAGAAGCUGGUCCUACAGGGAAAGGUGAACAAGCAGAACCGCAAGCUGUGUGCUGGGGCCUGCGUCCUCCUGGCCGCCAAAAUCAGCAGUGACUUCAAGAAGCCAGAGCUGAAACACCUGUUAGAUAAGCUUGAAGAGCGCUUCCGAGCCAACAGACGGGACGUGGUAGCAUUUGAGCUGACAGUACUGGUGGCCAUGGAGCUGGCGCUGUACCUCCCGGAGGCCCUGGUAUUACCUCACUUUCGUCGUCUGACCAAGCAGCAGUAGAGGGUACCCUGCAGAGACUAUAUCCAAUCCGGCAGCUUUGUGCUGGGCUGGGAACGCACCGCUCUCGUUCGCUAUGUAAGGAGGACCGUGACGAGUCCAGUGUCUGAUCACCAGCGGAGGAGUGGAGUUGGAAAUGUGUUUCCAUCCAGCAAGACUCCCCAUUCCUUGUCUGUCUGGCUUCUUUGUUGCUGCAUUGUUCUCUGAUCUUGAGGAGAGAAAUGGGAUCGGCUGCAGUCACUGUGAUACGUUUCUGUCAUUUGUACUGAAAUCAGAACCAGAUUCCUCUUUAUAAACUGAAAACCAGACGCGGUGCACCUAGAUCUAAUGAACAAUGCAGGGCGCUCUUCUUUGAGGCCUGCCGCCUGUGAUCUUCCAAUAAUGAUCUGUGCCACCCUUCUGUCACCUCACAGCCAUUGUGGAGUUCUGAUCCGCCACUUCAUUUCUAGAGAACCAAUGAUGUCAUUCGUUCUUGGCAGAUCGAUGGGUUACUUCUGAAUGACGCUUCACAACGCCAAAUGGUUUCCUCCAUUGUGCUUUGGUGACGGGUGAGCUUGCAUCAUCCAAUGACAUCAUUUGUAUGCAGGACAGACCAGCUGUUUUAUUUUGGAGAUGCAUUUUACUGUAGAAUUUGAAGCUGUUAUUUUAAUAUUCAUGUAGACAAUGUAAAGUAUUUCUGUGUAAGCUAAGAAAAUACAAUUCUAUUUUGAUAUUCAGGUUUUGUGUGUCUUUGCCAGAUUGCAUCUAAUUUUAUAUAUCUAAAACGUUCUGUUCGAUAUAGAUAGCCGCGGCCAAGAGAGUAUUGAGCUGAACCAAUAUCCAGCCUAUGGGAGCGAAUGAUGUCAUUGGUUCGGUCACAAAAUGGCCGCUGCUAUGCUAUAUAUUACUGAUGAUCCAUUUUAAUGCCAAUGAAAAUUUGCUAUUUUUUGUUUUUGAUUUGUACUGUGCAUAUAUUGUACAUGUUUUACAGUAAAGGAAUACAAAAAAAAAAGC